AUGGCCACCGCUUCCAAGCUGGUCCUGAUCACAGGCGCAAAUCAAGGGGUCGGUUUCGAGACGGCCAAGAAUCUUCUUAUCUCGAGCCAUGACUACCACAUUCUUUUAGGCUCUCGCGAUCCAGCCAAAGGCGAAGAGGCCGCUCAAGCCCUCCGUACCCUCCCCGGGAUCAAGGGAACCGUGUCCACCAUCCAGAUCGAUGUGACGGACGACAAGUCCGUUGACGAGGCCGCCGUAUACGUUCAGAAGAAGUACGGCCGACUCGAUAUCUUAGUCAACAACGCCGGCAUCGCAAUCCUGGAUGAGCCGCCGUCCCGCGAAUCCUACCGAAAGGUCCUGAACGUGAAUCUAGUCGGGGCGCUGAGCACCACGGAGGCAUUUCUAGACCUGCUGCGACGGUCGUCCGAGAAGCGACUCAUCUUUGUCAGUUCAAGCACCGGGUCAAUCACCCAUGCUGCUGAUCUCGAGUCCCCAUACUAUAGCCCGCGGGGGAUUGAAUAUCGCUCGAGCAAGGCUGCAUUGAACAUGAUGAUGGUCUUGUACUGGGCACGGUUGAAGGCUGAGGGAUUUAAAGUGUUUGGAGCGGACCCAGGGUUGUGUGCCACGAAUUUGACCGGCGAUCCCGAGUCUCUGCGGAAGAGAAAUGCUGCGGAGCCCUCAGAAGGAGGUCAAAGAGUGGCUACGGUGGUCAAGGGAGAGAGAGAUGCUGAUGCAGGGAAGGUGCUGGGAGUUUACGGAGUCUCGCCUUUCUGA